AUGACAACAGUGAAAAAUAAUGGACCGAUCGUAGAUCCAGCGCUUUGUCGAUGUUGUCGAUCUAUAAAAAAAUGCAGGAUACUUACUGCUGAAUACACUUGGAUGGACAAUAAAGAAGUUUACGCAGAGAUGGUGAUGGACUGCUUCGGGAUUUUACUGUCACAUGUGGAUGAAGAUAUGAAAGACUCGGGAGUUUGUGCAACUUGUGUGGUGAGAUUAAGAGAUGCUUGUGCCUUUAGACAGCAAGUACUGCAGUGUGAGGAACUCUUCCUACAUUCAAAGCUUGAAGAUAAAGAAGAAGAAAAGAAAGAGGAUAUGGGACUCGAUGGAAUAGAAUUGAAAGCAGAACCCAAAGACGACGUCAGCGAUCACAAUUCAAUUGACGACGGACAUCACGAUGAUGGCAUAGCUGGUGACUGCUCCGCAGAUGACAUAGAAGAUCUGAAACCCAAACUAGAAGAAGAGAAAGCUUGUGCUCCAUCGCCAAUCGAACCAGAACCGAUGGACGACGACAGCGACUACUCAGUUUCUUCCUCGGACUCGGACAAGCCGCUAAAAAGAAAAUCUAAGAAUGGUACGCGGAAAAAAAAGUCUGAGAAAGAGAACGGUGCGCAGAAGAAGUCCCAAAAAGUGAAGAAAAACAAACGGAAAUCGGGUUCAUCUAUGUCGAAGCAACUGACACCAAAAGUGAUUAAGAAACCACCAGUUGAAAAGAAAAACACCUAUGACAGAGACCUUGACUGUAUGUCCGAGGAGAACUUACUAACUAUUAUACAAUAUUCUUAUGUCUGUCCGUUCAAAAAUAGAAGAAAUAAUUAUUACUGUUUCUACUGUAAGGACUAUUAUCCAAAACCCGAGGACCUUAGAGAACAUACGGUGUCCCACGAUACAAAACCAUUCCAGUUGCUAAUGGGAUACAAAAAGAUGCCAAAAAUAGACAUUACAAGGAUAGACUGCAGACUGUGUCCGGCUAAAAUAGACGAUUUAGGGACGUUCAAGCAACAUAUAGACCAAGUGCAUGGAAAGAAGAUAUACUUCGAGGCCCCAGAUAAAAUGUUGCUGUACAAACUGACUUGGAAUGAUCUUGUGUGUGUUAUGUGCAAUGAUGUGUUUGAAGACUUCAAUACAUUGAACACUCAUAUGGUGGAGCACUUUAGUAACUAUACCUGUGAUAUAUGUGGAGUGUGUUUCCUGGAGAAGCCACGUUUGGACGCACAUUUGAAAAGGCACAAGGACGACGAGAGGCACACCUGCGAGAUCUGCGGCAAAGUGUUUAAGUCAAAUCAUUAUAAAGACAUGCAUGUAGAUAUUGUACAUAAGAAGAAAGCUAUAAUCCGGUGCCCUAGGUGCGAUGAGUGUUUUAUGUCUUAUGCAUUAAAGAACAAACAUUUAACAGAAGCUCAUGGGCAAAAGAGAACGUACCCUUGCAACUUGUGCGACAAGGUGUACAAUAGACAGAAGACACUAACCGAACAUCAGCGGAGAAAUCAUCAAAAGGUAUUGAAACACCAGUGCGAGUACUGCGACCAGAGGUUCUAUUUGCCGUCCAGACUGAAGGAGCACAUGGCUUCGCACACUGGAGAAAGGAAUUUCCGCUGUGAAUACUGUGAGAAGAGUUAUCCAAGACUGAAAUCAUUACAAUACCACAUAAGGACCCAUACGAAUGACAGGCGAUACCGCUGUCAUAUAUGCGGUCAAGCUUUUAUCCAGAAUGCGAGUUUGAAGUCGCACAUAAAAAGCCAUCAUCCCGAAUGUGAUGUUGAGGGAUGUUAUUUUUAA